AUGGCACCGCGACUGCCCUUGCCGACCUCGCCCUCGCUCCCCGUCGCCGCGCUCCUCCCCCGCGGCGAGCACACGCCGUUCACCCUCGUCUACGCGUCGCACGGUCGCUGGCCCCUGUCGCCCGAUGCCCCGCCACCUGCCGCCACUACCGCCUCGCCUCGCCGCCUGCGCGUGUGCGUCCUCGAGUCGUCGUGGAACCCGCCCCACCUGGCUCACAUCGCCCUCGCCCAGCACUGUCCCGACGCCGACGCCCACCUGCUCGCCCUCACGAUCGGGCACCCGGAUAAAGGCCGCAUCGACGAGCGAGUCGCGGCCGUCCGCGUCGAGAUGAUGCGCGCCGCCGCGCUCGACUUGGUGCGCCGAGCGGCCGACAGCGGCGACAAGGCGCUCGCCAACGUCGCUGUCGCCGUCACCGAGGCGCCGACCUUCACCGACAAGAGCAGGCUCCUCCGCGGCGAGCUCGACGCACUCGUGCAGGCGCAGAGCGGCCACAGCGAGGACGAGGUCCGCCUCACUUUCCCUGUCGGCUGGGACACGAUCCUGCGCAUCUUCGCCCCUCGGUACUACCAGCUUCCCGCACCCUCUCUGCCGAUCCAGAUGCAGGCCCUCCUCGGCGACGACGACUCGUCGCUCGUCUGCGCCCGCCGCGGCGACGUCUCGCCGCAGGACGAGGCCGACUUUCUCGCGUCGGACGAGGUGCGCAAGUGGGCGCAGCAGGGCAAGGUCGAGGUGUUUGACCUGCCGGGCGAGGCGCAGGGCGUGUCGUCGACGAGGGUGCGGCAGGCGGUGCAGGAGGGGCGGUGGGACGACGUCGCGAGGGACGUGCCGUUCGAGGCGGUCGUGGGCAUCAUUCGGCGAGAGGCGCUGUAUCGAGACUGAAACAUAGAGAUGCGCGUUUCGAGUUUC